AUGUGGAAACAGUUUACGCUCAACGGAAAUUAUAAAUGGAUCGACUUGCUAUCGCGUCUCGUGUCAGAGUACAACGCACGAAAGCAUCGAACUAUUGGUAUGCGACCUAUCGAUGUUACCCCUACGAUCGCCGACAAGCUCUUAACCACGGUGUACAACAAUUAUGUAAAGAUCGCGGCGCCAGCGCGAUUCAAAGUGGGUGAGUCGGUACGCGUCAGUAAAUUCAAAACAACCUUUGAGAAAGGUUAUACGCCAAAUUGGACUACGGAGGUGUUUAAAAUCAUCAAGGUGCAGAAAACUAAUCCUGCGACGUAUCUAUUAGAGGAUUAUCGUGGAAAACCGGUUACCGGAGGAUUUUACGAGUACGAGUUGCAUCGCGUUGCUAAUCCCAACGUGUAUCUGGUUGAAAAAGUGUUACGUAAAAGAGGAGAUGAUGUUUAUGUCAAGUGGCUGGGGUUUGAUAAUUCGCAUAAUUCUUGGAUACACAAGGAUAAUGUUUUGUAA